AUGCCAACGGAAAAUCUUUUGGCGUACGUUUGGGAGUUCAACUUCAAGGAUUUCGACGAGCAUAUUCAUUCUCACCAUAUUAAUACCAUUGAGUUACUGAAAGAUCAAGAAAUUUACUUGGACUAUAACCGAGUUAUGGGUAUCGACUCCUUGCGCUUCGCCAGGCUAAUCCUGAAGUCUGGCCUGUUGAGCAACUCCCGUAUCACGUGGGUCACGUUCCAUAGUGAUUAUGAUUUUGGUUACUUUAUAAAGAUGUUGACUGGGGGAGAAGUGUUACCCUUACACGAGAGUGAGUUUAUGGAUCUAAUCAAAUCCUUUUUUGGUAAGAAGGCGUUUGACGUGAAGCACAUGAUCAAGUUCUGCGGCGAUGGAGUCUAUGCGGGCUUGGAAUUAGAGAUUGUAGCCAAGACUCUGGGGCUGGACCGUGAAGUCGGGAGGGCGGGUUCUGAUAGUCUGCUUGCCUUGCAAACCUUCAUGAAACUCAAGCAAAAGUAUUUCAACGGACGUUCACUAAGCGAGUUCGAGCAUGUUCUUCACGGUUUUACUUGA